AUGACACGAUUUUUUGAGACCAAAUUUUUUCGACAUUUCUUACCAUUUAUGAUACUUGUUAUUGGAGGUUCAUUUUAUAUUCAACAAUUCGCACGUGUAAAAUUUAAGUAUCGAAAUAUUACAACGUAUGAUGCAAAAGAUUUAGUAGAAAAAUAUGACAUAAAAAAGAAAAAACUUACUACACUUGAAGAGGAAUAUGAAAAAUUAAAAGACUUGGAUAUUGAUAAUUGGGAAAAUAUUCGUAUUCCUCGACCAUGGGAGGAUCCAAAUAAUGUAAGCAAUUGA